GUAACUUCUGCAGCCCAAUGCAGCUUCAAACUUCGUAGGGGCGGCUGAAAGGACCAUUCUGCGGCCCCAGGGCCUCGACCCGCUGACGCGUCGCAAGACGUUCGAACGUUCGCCCCGCAAUCAAGCAAAGUGUGUAGUACAACUGUUCUGAACUGCCAGCUUGGCUCGCCAGCUCAUGGCGGCCUCAGGGAGAGAAGGAGCAGAAGGAGGGCCACGGGGAAGAGGAGGAGAAGGAGGGGAAGGGGGAGGAGGAGCGAUGCUGUGCAAAUGCUUCCCGAUUGAUUGGCCGCCAACUGAAUCACGAAACGGGCGGAAAAUGCAUGCCCUGGAGCUGGUGGUGCUCCAAGGGAAUGGUGGCAGUAGCGGCCUGCCAAGUGGCAACCACUGUUCGGGAGGAGGGUGACUUGAAGGGGACAGAACGAGGAUAGAGGGAGAGAGCGAGAGGGAGGCCAGAGAGGGAAAACACCGCCAGCCGCUUCGGGCUACAUCCAGGGCCGGCCUCCGCCCCCAACCCCCGCCCCGAAGAAAAAUCGCCCGGCGCGCGGCCCAUCAGGGAAGCGUGCGGACGCCCACCUGGCAGGAACCUGCGAGGCAGGCCGCCCGGUGACCUCCGGCGACCUCGGCGGCCGAAUGGCCUUCUCCGCUUCCAGGCCCCGCAGCCAAGCGUCGGACGAGUCCCGCUGAAAGCGUACGUCUACAAGACACAUGUGGGUCCAAACCUAUGGAAUCGUCACCUUCUCAUGAUCAUACUUCUUAAGCUUACGUAGUUUGAUAGGAAUUCUGCGGAGUAGCUGAUGCGGCCGUUCGCGUACGGGGUCUUCGAGCGCGCGGCGUGCGGCUGCGCACCCUUCCAGGCGCAGAGCCCGAGCUGCACCUGCGUGCGGACGCGGCUCGGGUCGUACGGCACCACGACAGGCUCCGCCAUCUGGCACGGAGACAGCCUCGCGCCCGCGCGCCGGCGCACGCCGCGGGCGGCGUGGGCACUCCGACGCGGAGCCCGGCCCUGGGACGUGCGCACACCGCCUACAAGCCGCGCCGGCUCAGCGCGCGGCGCGCGCACGGACCCGACCGCGCGCGGCGCGCUCGCCGCCGCGGCCGCAGCCUCGGCGCCGGGCGCCACCGCG